AUGACACCUCUGCGGAACACCAUCUCGAAUGUCCUCCUUUCCUGUCUCAUCAUGAACGGUGUAACUGAUGCGAAGAAGGGAAAGAAGCUGUACCGAAGCUGGCAAAAACCUGGAAAUCUGAUCUGUCACGACCACUUCCAUUUUGUGGCGGAAUGGCUUCAGAAGAAAUGGGCAGGGUAUGGAGAACUUACGCAAGUCCGACUGACUCAUAUUCCUGAACUACUUCAAGAUCCACUUUACAUUAGUCUGGUGGAGGUCUCUAAGUCUGUUGUUGGAGAAGAAAUGAAGAUGACAAGGUGCUCGUUCAAAGCUUUCAUUUAUGAGUACAAUAAAAUUUACCAAAGGCAUAGAAAAAGGCUUGUCAAGAUAUAUCAAGAGUGUAAAGGAGAACUGCCGCAGGGCAUAGAACAGGGAGGCACCACUGGAGAGGAAAGCAUGGGUAUUUCUCGAAAUUCUUCCUACGUUGAUGAAAAGACGCCUGGGAUGGAUUGGUCCGCUAUGUCUUUCAUACCUACUGAGAGCGUUGAUGAAUCCUCUGGAGAUCAGUCUCAUUCAGGUGCUGUAUUUCUUACUUCAUAG